AUGAACUAUACUCCACUGGACCAACAUGCUCACAACAACCAGCAAGCCGCUACACUGCUAUGUUGCAACUGUGGUGUGCCCAUGGACGGAUCUGCUGGGCUAGUUAUGUGUUACGACUGUAUCAAGCUAACAGUAGACAUCACUGAUGGUAUUCCUAGAGAAUCCAAUAUCUCGUUUUGCAGGAACUGUGAGCGGUUCUUGCAGCCCCCAGGGCAGUGGAUUCGUGCCGAGCUAGAAUCUAGAGAAUUACUGGCGCUGUGUUUACGCCGUUUGAAAGGCUUAAGCAAAGUGAGGCUGGUGGAUGCUUCAUUUAUAUGGACUGAACCGCAUUCUAGACGUAUUCGUGUGAAGCUAACAGUCCAAGGUGAAGCAAUGACUAACACUAUUAUUCAACAGACCUUCGAAGUUGAGUAUGUAGUUGUUGCUAUGCAAUGUGCUGACUGUGCGAGAUCAUAUACUACCAACACCUGGAGAGCUACCGUGCAGAUCAGACAAAAAGUAUCUCAUAAACGUACUUUCUUGUAUUUGGAGCAACUUAUUUUGAAACACAACGCUCACGUCGACACCAUCAAUAUCCAGGAAGCCAAAGACGGUUUGGACUUUUUCUACGGUCAAAAGAACCACGCUGCCAAGAUGUUAGAUUUCCUCAAUUCUGUGGUACCAAUCAAAUCCAAAAAAUCAGAGGAACUGAUCUCUCAAGACACUCACACAGGCGCUUCUACCUAUAAAUUUUCAUUUUCCAUUGAAAUUGUUCCUAUUUGUAGGGAUGAUUUGGUAGUACUGCCAAAAAAAUUAGCCAAGUCGCUAGGAAAUAUUACUCAAUUUGUGCUCUGCUCAAAAGUAUCAAACACUCUUCAGUUUAUGGACCCAAUGACUUUACAGACUGCUGAUCUUUCGGCAUCCGUUUAUUGGAGAUACAACUUUGACUCACUAGCUGAUGUUUCACAACUUGUUGAGUUCAUCGUUUUAGAUGUAGACCCAACAGGUCAAACCCGAGGCAAAUGGAUAUUGGCCGAUAUAACUGUUGCAAGAGCCGCUGACCUAGGAGUCAAUGAUCAAGUUUAUUAUGUUCGCUCACAUCUGGGAGCUUUCUGCCACCCUGGAGAUAGCGUCAUGGGCUAUUUCAUUGCGAACUCCAACUACAACUCCGACUUAUUCGACGGUCUAAAUAUUGAGCACAUUCCAGACGUGGUCCUGGUCAAGAAACAGUACAUCAGAAAGACACGUAAGAACAGAAGCUGGAAGCUUAAAAGAAUGGCUCGCGAGCACAAGGAGAUUGAAGCUUCGCAGGACUACACCUCUAGACAACAAAAACAAGAAAUGGAAAGAGCAGAGAAAGACUACGAGACUUUCUUGCAAGAGCUGGAAGAAGACUCUGAAAUGCGUCAAACCGUCAAUUUAUACAAGAGUAGCGCUGCUCCUGCACCUUCUGGUGAAGGAGAAAUGGAUGAGGAUGAAGAUGAAAAUGCCCCACAAAUUGAUAUUGAUGAAUUACUGGACGAAUUGGAUGAUAUGACGCUGGAUGACGAUGCACCUGAGGCUUAA